UUUUAUGUUGUCACAUCUGCUACAACCAGAUACAAUUUUGAAUCAACUGUUAGGAGUUAGGCAAAAUUGUUAAGCGUUUACAAAGUGCCCAUCUGUAAAUUAAAAAGUUCCGAAUGGCCGCCAAAAAUAUUAAUAAAAUUAACAGUAUGAGCCUUUUUGGCUUAGCCCAAAGACUACCAACAACUCCUUAUUCAGGUUGCGCUUCCCAUCGUUAUGUGACAUCUUUUAAGCAGUUGAAGAAACCAAUAACCGAACCCGAUUACUCUAAAUUCAUAAGCAAAAACUCUGCAAUAAGUCUGAUUAAUGAGGAAAGAUCACGAAAAAGUAUGCCCACAGAGAAACGGCUUGAGACUCAUCUGGCUGCCGAGCAAGUCCGCAAAUGCAAUGAGAUACUCAAGGAGCACUAUCUACAGAGGCGGAAACUGCAAGAGAAAAUAUUGAGCGGAGUAGACAUACAGGAACCUACUUUGUCAAAGAAACUAAAAGAUCUCAUGGCCCACGAGGCUGUGAGCUCAACUAAAAAUCAUUAUAAAGUCGAAAAUCUCAGGCGGUUUAAUGGUAUGGAAAACAACCGCUGCCUAGUCGACUGUAGGCCACAGACUAGUGGCUUUGUAAGGCGCUGGCACAUGAGAAUACCAGCACGCAUGCUAAGUGAAUAUGAUCAAAAACAUCUAAGUGAAUUGGAUAUGACCAUAUUGAGCAAACGUGGCCGCAAAGUAGACAAAAUUGUAAAGCCUCCCGAAAAAAAACAUCAAGCAACACCAUCGCCCAACAAAAGCAAUGAGCCAGAAAAUAAAUUAUUUAUGGAAAACAGUAAGAACCAAAGGAUGUGGCAAAUAGGUUCUCGUAAAAUUCCACGUUUGGACUAAUUGGCUACCCUACAUACGAUAGAUAGAUAUUUA